UCAUUUUCAAUAAUAAUAAUAUUCGUCGAGUAGAAGAAAGAUCCAGACAAAAGCUUAAGCAAAAGACCUAUCUGUCUUCGUCUCCGCCAUGACUAGCUCUUCAUCUCCUUCACGCAAGGCGUUAAGCAAGAUCGCGUGUAAUAGGUUACAAAAGGAGUUAUCAGAGUGGCAAGUAAAUCCACCGACUGGGUUUAAGCACAGAGUUACUGAUAAUCUUCAAAAAUGGGUAAUUGAGGUAACGGGAGCACCUGGUACGCUUUACGCUAAUGAAACUUAUAAUCUUCAGGUUGAGUUUCCUCAACAUUACCCUAUGGAAGCUCCUCAGGUGAUUUUUGUUCCACCAGCACCACUACAUCCUCAUAUAUACAGCAAUGGACAUAUUUGUUUAGAUAUUCUGUAUGACUCGUGGUCUCCAGCAAUGACAGUGAGUUCAGUCUGCAUCAGCAUUCUCUCGAUGCUAUCGAGUUCACCCGAAAAGCAACGCCCGACUGAUAAUGAUCGAUAUGUGAAGAACUGCAAGAACGGGAGGUCUCCUAAAGAGACAAGGUGGUGGUUCCACGACGACAAGGUAUAAAAGGGUGACCUAAAGAUGUCUCCUUUCAAUUAUAAAACACAGACUAAGAGGUUUAUAUAAUUUCCCCAGACUGAUAUAAUACUAAUUGAAAUUCCUCAUGGCCUCCACUUUUAUUUCCCUUUUUCCUUUUGUAUGGAUCAUUUUAUGUAUAAAAGACAUCUGAAAAUGUUUCAGUGUCUGAAAUGAAUUAACACACCUUGUGCUUUUGUCCUUUCUGAAGUAUCUGUGGAGAUUUUAGGCAAAAAAAAAUGUGUUUGGCAAA